UUAAAAUGUGGCCUACAGAGACACUGUCUUAGUUCAAUUAGGUUUUUUGACGAUUAAUACAUAGAGUGACAAGAUUAAUACCGAUUAGGUUCAAUGUGAAGCGCCUUUUUGUGUAAUAAAGCUCGUUCAUCGGCCAUCUAUUCGGUUUUCUCGUCGAUGGUGACGCUGCAGCGCCCUCUGCAUGAGAUAAACACCUCGCCCUUGUCUCUCAUGAUGUCAUGAGUGGAAAAGCUGUGUGAAAAGUGUGUGGAAAAGUCGCGGAAAAGCCGGUUUCGUGUUGGCGCUUUUGCCAUGCAUCAUGGCAAUGUUGGUUCAAAAUAUAAACGGACACAUACAAAAUCAGUUAACGCGCUCGCUGGAGAAGAUCCUCGACGAUGCGAACCAAAGUGGCGAGCUCAAGUUGAGCAACCGAAAACUCAAAGACUUCCCCAAAACCAGUGAAAAGUACAAUUUACGUGAUACCGUUGUAGCAGACUUGUCGAAAAACCGCUUCAGCGAACUCCCCGAAGAAGUAACAACGUUCCAUUUUUUAGAAAAACUCCAAUGUUAUCACAACGCAAUUCGCUACAUCCCCGAUAGCAUAAUCAAUUUGCAAUGUUUAAUUUACGUCGAUUUGAGUCGAAAUCAAUUGACUUCACUUCCACGCGAGUUGUGCCAACUUCCGAUCAAAAUUCUUCUCGUUUCGAACAACAAUCUCACCCAAUUACCGGACGAACUUAAUCGUAUGUCACACUUGAUGGAACUUGACGCUUCUUGUAAUCAACUGACCCAUUUACCCCCUCGUAUGGGUGACCUCCGCUCUCUCCAGUCGCUAGUCCUCCGUAAUAACCUCCUCCUCGCCGUGCCCAUUGAAGUGACCUUUUUGAAACUCGUAAGGCUGGACCUGAGGGCAAACCGCAUUGGUACACUCCCCAUCGAGAUCCGGGAUAUGGCCACAUUGAUUGAACUCCACGUCGAGGAUAAUCCUUUGACGAGUCCACCGGCGAGUCUAUGUCGACGUGGUCGUGUCCAUAUUUUCAAAUAUUUGGAUAAUGAAGCGAUGAGGUUGGAUAGGAAGACAGGUGGAGGGACACUGGGUCGAAAGUCGAGGAAAAGUGGCGCUGGGUCGUCACCAGGACCACCAUUGAUGGUCGAUAGGUUGAAACAUAAAAGACAGAAUGUGGAUAGUGGGUAUAGUACGAGUAGUGAUGGAUUUGAGAAGAGAUGGAGUCAGGAUAUGGAAGAGAAGAGUUGGAUGUCGACGCCGUUGUCGACAAAUGGGACGCAUUCGAUUUUGUCGACGCCGUCGACGGCGUCUCCUGCCCCCGAGAACGACGACGAUGUUGAGAGUCCGAGCGAGGGUUGUAAUGGGAACAACGAAGAGGAGAAGGUGGUCAAGCCACUGCACCAAAUACAAACUUACAAAGAAUAUAAAGACGCCUUAAAGCAACAAAGGGCCCACGACGUGCCUGCAAUCUACCGAACGAAAAACCCCGACGAUCAAACAACGUACAAAACCGAACCCAAUACACCGACCCAUCACGCACAUGGAUCUUUGGCGACGUCUAAAUCCGACCCAACACCACUCAAUGCGGUAUUGAGCGGCGCUAAAUACGUCUUUGACGACACGAAAAAACCGGAAAAGACGUCACCAUACAAAACACAAAACGGCAAUAAAUACAUCCAAGACUAUGUCAAGCCGAAAUCGCCGGUUAAAGUAAAAACAGGAAUUUUAUCGCAUGAUAAUGUACCAGGAUGUAAUGGGAGUCCGAGACUUUACAUAAAUGGAGCCAAUGAUAAUAAGGGAUUGAACGGGGUGAAGACCAAUCGAACGAUUAGUUGGAAUAAAGACGUGCCGGUGGAGAAGAUGACGUUCACGAUGAGGAGGGAAAUUGAUAAGGCGCGCGAGGAGACCGAUUUAAUCAAUCAGUUGCGAAAUAUUAUUGAAACUCGAUUGAAAAUGACUCUUCCGGAGGAUUUAGCGCCUGCUUUGACUGAUGGUGUAGUGCUGUGUCAUUUAGCGAAUCAUAUCAAACCUAGGUCGGUGGCGAGCAUUCAUGUACCAUCGCCGGCGGUCCCAAAGCUAACGAUGGCUCGCUGUCGCCGAAACGUGGACAACUUCAUCGAAGCAUGCCGCAAGAUAGGCGUAGACGAGGGGCGACUGUGCAGCACCCUAGACGUGACUGAAGCAUUGCCAGGAAGGGGGCUGCCUCGCCUACUGGAUACGCUAACGGCACUCUGUGAAUUUGACGUAAAGACAACUAUAGUGACAUCGCCGACACUGCAAGACAUCACAGUCUCACUCCUGUUACUAAUGUUGUUCUUUUCGACUGUUGCAUUUCUUAUCGCUUUUCCACCGCCGAAUUAGAUUUGAGAGGGCUGGGGGUGGGGCAAUUGUGAUUUUUUAGUAAUCAGUGCCUAUAUAAUCAAAAAGUCUGUUUUUUUUUCUAUGUAUUUGAUUAGGAAGAGGGGUAUUUUUGAUGCGGAUUUUUAAAGGGGUGUAACAGUAUUUUUUCGUUUUGUUUUUCUUCUUGUAGCCACGCUUUGCAUAUCGUAUAUCUUGUAUUCCUUCCUUCAUUCAGUAUUAACGCUGCUAUCGAAUAUCUAGUCACUGUGUAUAUUUCCAGUAUUAUUUACAUACAAAGACUGUUGAAAUAUUUGAUUCCAUUAACGUCGGUUUAGGAUUUUCUUAUAAUUUUUAUGAUUAUAUCGAAACAAGGUGCAAAAAUUGUUAUGUAUUUCUAAGGAGUAGUAUUAAGUUACAAUUUGAGUAUUUUAUAUUUUUCCAAGUACAAAAUUCAGUUGAUUUUUUCCCAGUUAAUUUUAUGCGAAAUAUAUUUAUAUAAAAUUGUACUUAUCCAACUUGGCUUUACCCAAUAAAGUAUUUCUUAAA